AUGUCUAAAAGAACAAUUACUGUUCCUGCAACAGCAUACAUAUGUACAUUCUGCUCCGCCCAUGCGAUACCGAGGACUCGCAAAUACUUUUCUACUUCAUCUUCAAGCUCCCUUCCCGCCUCAACUAAAACUUCAAUACAACCACAAUCCCAAUCCCAAUCUGGUUUCCAUAUGUUAGCCAAGAAAGGCAUCACGCGCCUCUCGACCCGUAGACUUAUUUCAUUGAGAGGACCCGAUUCGAUGAAAUAUCUGCAAGGAGUCAUCACGAAUGAUAUUUAUAAAGAGGGGUUAAAUUCGGAUAAGAAGGGAUUCUAUUCUGCGUUUUUGAAUGCGAAGGGAAGGGUGUUAAAUGAUGUUUGGAUCUAUAAGGAUCUGUAUGCGGAUAGAGGGAAAUAUGGGGAAAAGGGAAAAGAGGGAGAAAAUUGGUUGAUUGAAGUUGAUGCAAAGGAAGUGGAGGUAUUGGCGAAACAUAUCAAGAGAUAUAGGAUGCGUGCGAAAUUCGAGGUUGAGGUUGUGAGCGAGGAAGAGAUGGGGAUCUAUAGUUGUUGGGGGAUUGAAGAGGGGGUUGAAAUGAAAGAGGGGACUGGUAUUAUGGUUGCGGAUCAUCGGGCACCCGAGAUGGGAAAGAGAAUUGUGGCGGAUAAGGGAUUGGAUUUACAACGGGACUUGGAGGGUAUAGAUGAGGAAGUGAAGAUGCAAGAGGAGGAAAUAUAUAGAGUUCGGAGAUAUCUGAUUGGAGUCCCUGAGGGUCAGGAUGAGAUACUGAGGGAGAGUGCGCUACCGCAAGAAAGUAAUGUGGAUGUUAUGGGAGGUAUUGAUUAUGGGAAGGGAUGUUAUGUCGGUCAGGAAUUGACGAUUAGGACGCAUCAUACAGGAGUGAUUAGAAAGAGGAUUAUACCUAUGAUGUUGGUUCCCGAUGGGGAAACCUUGCCUGGAUUAGGAGAACUAGAGUAUAAAGGAGGCAAUCUGGCGAGUUAUCUGAGAGGGAGUGAAAAUAUCAAGAAGGUGGGUGGAAAGAGACCGGUGGGAAAAUGGUUGAGUGGAGUGGGAAACGUAGGUUUGGGGUUGGCAAGAUUGGACGAGAUGGGUAAGUGGAUGAUGGAGGGACAUGGGAAGGAGGUGGAUGCCGGGGAGGAAUUUGUGGUAGAGGCGAAGGAUGAGGAAGAGGGAGAUGCGAGGAACAUUAGGGUCAGAGCUUUUCCUCCUGCUUGGAUUGAGACGUAG